AUGCAGGAACAAAGAAAUGCCAAAUACUUAGGGCUCCCUAUGGUGAUAGGGAGAUCAAAGCGGGAUGUGUUCAAGUUUGUGGAAAAGCUGGGCCAAGGCAAGUAUUUUCCUAAGGGGGGCAGAAAAGACAAGCUUGUCUGGAUUUUUAACAAUGAUGGGAAAUUCUCUGUCAAAACUUGCUACAAAGCAAUCAUGGAUCGAAAUGAGCUAACUAGAUGUCAACCAGAAUCAAGUAGAGGAGCCACAGCUUCGAAGAAAAUCUGGAAUAGCAUAUGGAAAAUCAAAAUAAAGCCCAAGCUCAGAAUCUUCUUGUGGAGCUUUCGCACUCCUCCCAUUUUUCUUGCUCACGGCUUCACAAACCCUGCAAGCCAACGUGUCCAGGCUGGCGGCCCUCGCCUCCCGAUAGCUCCCCAAAACCCCACACCUCCUCCACGCGUGAUACUCAGCAUAAGCCACAGGAUCGUUCGCCAGCGACUUAACAUAAGACGCCAGCUCAUCCAACGACCCAAACUUAGUCCCGUCUAUGAUCGAGUGAGGCGGCACGAAAUCCCUCACGUUUGGGGCCCCGAAAUAUAUGGGGACUGCCCCAGAGUCGAGCCCGUAGAAGAGCUUCUCUGUCACAGGGAAAUGGCUCGGUCGAGCCCCCCCACAUUGUUCAGACACUUGCCGAACGAGUGGGUCGGGAGUUUUCCGAGCAGCUUCUUGGCUAGCUUGUUUCUUUCGGGAAGACAACGUGAUGAGGACCAAUAA